AUGACAGCAGAUAUUCCGAUUAAGCUGCAACCUCUUUUUGACUUCUACUCAAAUGCUGUCAAUUCUACAACCCUGGAAAACUACAAGAUAAUAGGGGAUCUACCUAACCGGAAGAGGAUUGUAAUCACUGUAGAUGAUACUCCCAGCAUUGAACCUGUCAACACCCAGGUUCAUAUCCAAGCUGAUGUUUCCACUUCAACUACUGAUUCUUCUUCAAACACUUCACACAACACUACUUCUACACCAGUUGUUCGAAAGGUAGCCCGGAAACGGAGUGGGAGUGCAAUUCUGAGAGAACCCGCAGCUCUGUCUCAUAAGAAGCAAAGGGUGGCAGAACCGGAGACAACUGCAGCCACAUCCAUUUCCUCCCAAAAGGAUUUGGACACUGACAUGGAUCUACUUGGCAACCUGCAAGUACAUCCGCCUUCACAGGCAUUCGGAGGACAAUUUGUUUCUUCACCUCCUACAGUUCCAUCUCAGGGAACUAUGGUUGUAUAUACAGGUACUGGUGACGGUGUGACAAACACGAGUGAAAUCAGGCAAACACCGAGCGAAACACAUGCACGAGAGGAUAGUGACAAAUCUUUGAGUGUUCGUGAGGUGAGUGCACACACCAACACAGAUCUGCUACAGGAACAAAUGGCUGCUCUGAGAGCUGAGAUUGCAAGGUUAAAUGCUGAGAAUGCCAGAUUCAAAAGUGGAGAGUUGGUGACUCUAAAAGAAAAGGCUGGUGAUCCUUCUUUCUCUUCCCUCAAACAGGAAUUAGAUGCUGAUGUGCUAUAA